AUGGUUGGGGACAAGGCGGCAAACCAAAUUAAAUCCAUACUGCUGUCUAACGAUACAGUAAGCAGAAGGAUUAAGGACUUGUCUUUUGAUGUGAAAUCACAAUUGACUGAAAGAUUGCGAUCGAGUGAGUUUGCGCUUCAGCUUGAUGAAUGCACAGAUGUUAGCAGUGCAGCGCAGUUGUUAGUGUACGCGCGAUAUUCAUGGGAUGAACACAUUUUGGAAGAUAUUUUAUUCACCAAAGAACUUGAGGGGAGGGCUUCAGGUGAGGACAUUUUUAAAUUGUUGGACACUUUCUUUACAGAAGAAAAUCUGAGCUGGGAAAACUGUGUGUCUGUUUGCACUGAUGGUGCGGCAGCAAUGACAGGACAUAAGAAUGGGGUUGUCGCCCGAAUUCAAGCCGUAAAUCCAAAGAUCGUAGCAACUCACUGUAUGCUUCAUCGUGAAGCACUAGCAUCAAAAUCAAUGGCACCUGACUUGCACAAUGUGUUGGAGGCAGUAGUAACAGCUGUGAACUUUGUUAAGUCGAGACCACUGAAGUCACGUCUCUUCGCCAAACUAUGCACGGAGAUGGGGGCGGCUCAUGAUCGGCUACUGUUCCAUUCCGAGGUGCGAUGGCUGUCACGCGGGAAAGUUUUGGAGCGAGUGUUCAAACUGAGACAUGAGCUACAGGACUUUUUAAAACAACAUAAACCUGACCUGGCAUUGUUAUUUUCCGACCAACAAUGGAUGGCAAAACUGGCCUACCUCGCUGACAUUUUUACCAACCUCAAUGGACUUAAUCUGUCUUUGCAGGGGUCUUAUUCCACAAUACUAGAGGCAAGUGACAAAAUUGUGGCAUUCAGGAGAAAAUUAGAUCUGUGGAUACGUAAACUACAAACAGGAAUCACUGACAUGUUUCCAAAUCUAUCUGAAUAUUUGGACACAAACAUUUUAAAGGUGGACUUUAUGCUUGACACAAUUACCACUCAUCUCACCUUACUCAAUGAGCAUUUUGGUCACUACUUUAAAGACAUUGACAUGGAGAAUUAUGACUGGGUUCGAGAUCCCUUUUCUUGUGAUGUGAUGGCCAGUGGCCUCAGUGGAAAGGCUGAGCUUCUGGAAUUAUCCAGUGAUCGCACUCUCAGGAUGAAAUUUAAUCAGCAGACCUUAUCAGAAUUUUGGCCCAUGGUUGAAAAAGAGUACAAGGAGGUUGCUCUUCAGGCCAUGAGAUUAUUGUUGCCUUUCCCAACCACAUAUCUUUGUGAGGCAUCUUUCUCUGCCAUGAUGGCAAUAAAGACAAAAUACAGGGCACGGCUUAAUGUAGAAGAUGACUUGAGAGUGUGA